UUCAACUUAAUGUUAUGAUUCAUAGAUCUAUGAUUCAUAAAUGGGUUGUCAUUGCUUGGCGUUUACAGCUCGGUUCUACAUUUAUUUCUUUCGUUUCAGAGAUGCUGCCCUAUGAUUCCGUGAACCGAGAGACAGCCAACAAACUUGACGCGGUUGUUCUGGCACCAGACUACAGACUUGCUCCUCAGUAUCCAUACCCAGCUGCCCUGGAAGACUGCAUUUCUGCCAUCAAGUUCUUUCUCCAGGAUAAAGUUCUUGCAAAAUAUGGAGUGGAUCCCAAUCGCAUCUGUAUUUCAGGAGACAGUUCUGGCGGUGCCUUCGCAGCAACAGUGGCUCAACUGCUACAGGAUGACCCACAAUACAAGGACAAUAUUAAGGCACAGACCUUGCUAUACCCUAUACUACAGACACUUGAUACCUUGACACCAUCUUACCAAACAUAUGAACAUGGCCCCUUUCUGUCAAGGAGAAUAGCAAUGAAGUUGACAUGUCUAUAUUUAACAGACAAUAAAGAAUUACCUGAGACAAUACUCAGAAAUAAUCAUGUGCCUCACGAAUCAAGACAUCUGUUCAAGUUUGUUAACUGGAGUGACUUUCUCCCAGAGAAAUACAAAAAGAACCAUGUUUACAAGGAACCAGUUCUUGGAAACAUAAAUGCUUCUCACCCAGCACUUAUGGAUAAUAAAGUGUCACCCUUAUUAGUCAAUGACUCUCAGUUACAGAGGUUGCCACUAACUUACAUCCUCACAUGUGAACAUGACAUCGUAAGAGAUGAUGGACUUAUUUAUGUCACACGACUCAGAAAUGCUGGAGUUCCAGUCACUCAUGACCACAUAGAAGAUGGAUUCCAUGGAGCCAUAUCAUUUGCCACGUCACCACUUCAUUUACAACUAGGUUUGAGAUUAAGAGAUAAGUAUAUAAGUUGGCUAGAAGAAAAUCUGUAAAUCAAUGGUAUAUGUAGCUAGGCAGUCACUCUGUUAGCAACUUAAUUUCUGCCAAGGGUUUUAGUUGUGUGAUGUCCAUACAGAAAUUCAAUUUCCUCAGUGUAAAUUAGAUUACUUUUUGGUUUUAUUCACUUUAUAUGAAGUUUAUAUAUUGUUUAGUGCUAAAGUUUUCUGUGUAUUGGGGACCAGUGUUAACAUCUUCACUAUAAAUAGUUCCAA